AGAACAACAUCCACGUAAAAUAAUGGAGUAUCAACCCUUCUUCCUCUUACUAUCUUGUCUUUUCCCACUGGCCAUCUUUGCCUACAUCAUUUCCAGCCGGCGCAACUCACGGUUACCACCGGGACCUAAAGGUUUUCCGGUCAUCGGAAACCUCUUAGAAUUCGGUGACAAACCCCACCAAUCACUUUCCAUAUUAUCUAAACGUUAUGGUCGUUUAAUGUCACUGAAGCUCGGAAGCAAUACGACCAUAGUCAUUUCAUCUCCUGAUAUCACCAAAGAAUUCUUUAACACACAUGAUGUAGCCUUCUUAAACCGAUCACCUCCUAAGGCUAUCCAAAUCGGAGACUAUCAUAAAUACUCUAUUGUUUGGAUGGAGGCCGGAGAUCAAUGGAGAAAAUUGAGAAGAAUGACCAAGGAAUAUAUGUUCUCUGUUCAACAGCUAGAUGCUAGUGAAUUACUACGACGGGAGAAGGUACAAGAACUUGUCAAGCAUGUUAAUCGAUGUUGUAUAGAGGAAAAGGCUUUAAACGUAGGUGCAUGUGCUUUCACGACGAGUCUCAACAUCCUUUCCAACUUUAUGUUUUCGAUUGAUCUUGCUGAAUAUGGUCCAAAAUCAACACAACAAUUCCAAGACUUAGUAUUGCAAGCGAUGCAAGCUGGUGCAAAGCCAGGUCUACCGGACCUUUUUCCUAUACUUCACUCGUUGGAUCCACUAGAGUUAAUAUGGUCGGAAAAUGUUUAUGCUAAGAAAAUGUUGGCAAUUUUCGAUAAGAUCAUCAAUGACAGGUUAAAAACAAGAUCUGAUGGCGUUUCAACCAAAAGCAAUGAUGUUUUAGACUUAAUGCUUGACCAGCAAUCCAGUUUUACUCAAAAUGAUAUGAGACACUUAUUUCUAACACUAUUUAUGGCGGGAACCGACACGACAUCAAGCACGUUGGAAUGGGCGAUGUCGGAACUGAUUCGUAACCCAGAGAAAAUAAAAAAAGCGAGGUUGGAGGUUGAUAAACUCAUGCAAAACAACAACAAUGGAAACAUACAAGAAUCUGAUAUCUCGCAACUCACGUACCUACAAGCUGUGAUUAAGGAAACUCUGAGACUUCAUCCUCCUGCCCCUUUUCUUAUCCCUCGCCAAGCCCUACAUGACGUUGCUAUUCAAGGUUUCAUUGUGCCUAAAAAUGCACAAAUUUUGUGUAACGUUUGGGCUAUGGGUCGAGACCCAAACAUAUGGUCAGACCCAGAAAUGUUCAUGCCUGAGAGGUUUUUGGACGUGAAGAUUGACUAUAAAGGCCAAGAUUUUGAGCUUAUUCCAUUUGGUGCAGGAAGGAGGAUGUGUCCAGGAUUGAAUCUUGCUAAUAGGAUGUUACAUAUAAUAUUGGGAUCUUUGAUUCAUAAGUUUGAUUGGAAGCUUGUGGGAAAUACGAGACCUGAAGAUAUUGAUAUGGGAGAAAAGUACGGGAUCACAUUGCAAAAGGCUGAACCACUCAUGGUCAUCCCUAUGAAAUUGUGACUGUAGCUGUGUUCUAGAAUAAAUUAAAGUUGAAAAACAUUUAUCGCUGUGUUUUGAUUUUAUUUUAAAUCUUGUACUAAUUUUUUUUUUAUUUUGGUUAGAAAUUGCUUUACGUUCUUUUGUUGUUAUUUGGAAAGAGAACUUCUAAACUUUGCUAACAAGAGUUAAAUAAAAGUUAGUGAGUUGGCGAUUGAGUUGUUUAAGGUUGCGAGGUGGGAUGUGGAAAUUAAGGUUGAAGAAGUUAUGUGUAUCAUGCCGAAGCAUUUCUUUAGAUGAUGAUUUUAAAUCGAAAUGUGGAUAGGAUGUAUAUCAUUUAUUGUUGUCGAUCUAUGAGUCCCACUUAAUAAGCAAUCUUGGCCCCAAGUUAUCGAACAGAUCCUACGGCCAAAAAUCAGCAGAACAUGGCACAUUUGUUUCACUCCAACUUGUCGCCGCUACUUGUCCGGAGUCGCCGCUAAAGGUGUCGCCACAAAAGGUUCGUCCCUUUUGUUUCCCCUCGUCCCAGAUCAGCUACUCCACACAGCUCUUUUCACCUUCAAACUCUGACGACGACCAACGUUUUUCCGGCGUAUUUUGACGAUUUUCAGUACGGAACUUCUCUGACUUGCCUCCACUACCAACUAGUCAGACUAGGUCAUCCAUUUGUGUUGACAGGGCGAUAGGCUUCGAAUUUCGACGACUCCGGCAUCAUUUCCGGC